AUGAUUGCAUUAGCGUUCUGCUCCGCGAUCAUCUUUAUCACUCUUCAUAUAAUACCAGCAAGCACACUCAACUGGCAAGCCAGCAAUUCUCCACAAUCUAUCGAGCAACGAGUGAACCGGAUUCUAAGUCACACCCCACUUAUUGGUAUAUACAUGUUCAUCUUAGCGGUUUCCAUCUGA